GGGCUGAGCCAUGCCGGCGGCGCGCGUGGAGUACAUCGCGCCCUGGUGGGUGGUGUGGCUGCACAGCGUCCCGCACCUCGGCCUGCGCUUGCAGCCGGUGGACAGCACCUUCAGGCCCCGCGAUGAGAGUUACCAGGAGUCGCUGCUGUUCCUGGGGCUGGUGGCCGCCGUCGGCCUGGGCCUGAACCUCGUCCUCCUCGCAGCCUACCUGGUCUGCGUGUGUUGCUGCCGGCAGGACGACGCGGUGCAGACCAAGCGCCCCCGCUCCUGCUGCGUCACCUGGACGGCCGUGGUGGCCGCGCUCAUCUGCUGCGCUGCGGUGGGCGUGGGUUUCUAUGGAAACAGCGAGGCCAACGACGGGGUGUACCAGCUGCUCUACGCCCUGGACAACGCCAACCACACCUUCUCCGGGAUCGAUGUGCUGGUGUCAGGAACCACCCAGAAGAUGAAGGUGGACCUGGAGCAGCACCUCGCCCGCCUGGGUGAGAUCUUCGCCACCCGGGGCGAUUAUCUCCAGACGCUGAAGUUCUUACAGCAGACGGCGGGCAGCAUCAUUGCCCAGAUGGCAGGGGUGCCCGUGUGGACGGAGGUCACUGAGGAACUGACCGAACUGGCCAACCAGACCAGCUUUGUGGAGUACUACAGGUGGCUCUCCUACCUCCUGCUGUUCGUCUUGGACCUGGUCCUCUGCCUCCUGGCCUGCCUGGGUCUGGCCAAGCGCUCCAGGUGCCUCCUGGUCUCGAUGCUCUGCUGCGGGGUGCUGGCCCUGCUCUUCAGCUGGACGUCCCUGGCUGCUGACACUGCCGCGGCCGUGGGCACCAGCGACUUCUGCGCAGCUCCGGACACCUUCAUCCUGAACAUCACAGAGGGCCACGUCCGCCGCGAGGUGACCCAAUACUACCUGUACUGCAGUCAGACCGCAAGCAGCCCCUUCCAGCAGGCCCUGACCGUCUUCCAGCGCUCGCUGACCGCCAUGCAGAUCCAGGUAGCGGGACUGCUGCAGUUCGCCGUGCCCCGCUUCCCCACCGCAGAGAAAGAUCUGCUUGGAAUCCAGCUCCUGCUGAACUCAUCUGAGUCCGGCCUCCACCAGCUGACCGCCUUGUUGGACUGCCGGGGGCUGCACAAGGACUAUCUGGACGCCCUCGCCGGCAUCUGCUACGACGGCCUCGAGGGCCUGCUGUACCUCGGCCUCUUCUCCCUCCUGGCUGCCCUGGCCUUUUCCAUCAUGAUCUGCCUGGGGCCAGGGGCUUGGAAGCACUGUGCCACCAGGGACAGGGACUAUGACGACAUUGACGAUGACGACCCCUUCAACCCCCAGGCCCGGCGCAUCGCCACCCACAACCCGCCUCGGGGGCAGCUGCGCAGCUUCUGCAGCUACAGCAGCGGCCUGGGCAGCCAGGGCAGCCUGCACCCAGCCCAGACCAUCUCCAACGCCCCCGUCUCGGAGUACAUGAACCAAGCCGCGCUGUUUGGUGGGAACCCACGCUACGAGAACGUGCCGCUCAUCGGAAGAGGCUCCCCUCCACCCACG